AACAAGUUAUCUCCCAAUCUCCAACUGUGACCAGGUCACUCCUCUGAUACAUACUUAAUUAGUAACAACAAACCCAACACAGUACAACAUUAAUCAACCUCAUUUCAGUCCUCAAUCUCAAAAACUCAAACAACUCCUAGAUUCAUUUGUUUUCAUCUCACAAACAUCAAACACAUGUUCAUGUUUCUCAACCAUGAAACCACUUCUCCUCAUUCUCUUCCUCUCCCUCUCCCUCUCCACCACCAUUACAACCCAAUCUCCCUCUCUCCCUCUCCCUCCAACCCCAUCUCCCACAUCCUCACCAACACCUUCAACACCUUCAACCCCAUCAAAAUCCACUCUUGACCCUAAACAAAUCACAGCCCUACAAUCCCUCAACAUCCCAACCUCAAAAGACCCAUGCUCCCAACCCUCCUUCCACAAUGCAACCCUCUGUGACUCCUCAAAGCCCUUCCGCCACCUCAUCUCCCUAACCCUCUCCAACUGUUCCUCCUACGUCUCCCUCUCUUUCACCGCCCUCAAAUCUCUCUCCACCCUCACCUCACUCAACCUCAUCAACUGCCCCAUCUCACCUAUCCACUUCCCUCCCCAACUCAUCUCAUCUCUCACAACCUUCACCUGCAUCAACAGCCUCCGCAGAAUCUCCGGCGUCUGGCUCUCCCAGCUCCAGAAUCUCACCGAUCUCACUGUCUCAAAUGUCCAAGUCAAAGCUUCUGGCCCUUACGUCUUACUCGGCCACAUGAACUACCUCAAAACCUUAACUGUUUCUCAUGCUAACCUCACUGGUUUCUUACCUGGUCACAUUCAUUCCAAUCUCACCCAUGUUGAUUUCUCAGGUAAUCAGCUUAAAGGAAACAUACCCAUUUCAAUCACCAUGCUUGAUAGUCUUCAAAGUUUGAAUCUUUCUUCAAAUAAACUUGCCGGUGAAAUACCCUCUUCCAUUGGUGACUUGAUUUCUCUCAAAAACCUCUCUUUAGCUUCAAAUUCAUUUUCUGGGUCCAUCCCAGAUUCAAUCUCUGCUAUCCCUGGCUUACUUCAUUUGGAUCUGAGUUCAAAUCAACUCAAUGGGUCAAUCCCAAAGUUCAUUUCCGAAAUGAAGAGUAUCAAGUACUUGAAUCUAGCUAACAAUAACCUCCAUGGUGUUGUUCCUUUUAACCAAACUUUCAUAAAGGGGUUAGAAGUGUUCAAACUCGGUGGGAAUAGCAAUUUGUGUUACAAUCAUUCAGUUUUGUCUUCGAAGUUGAAACUUGGUGUUUCUCCUUGUGAUAAAUACGGGAAGCCGGUGUCGCCGCCGCCUUCGAAGGAUUCUUCUGCAGAUGAUAGCAGUGAUGAUGAUUAUGAUGAUAGUGAUGAUGAUGGUGGUAGCAAGCAUAAGAAGGAUAGUCAUCAUGGGCCUAACAAGUUUGUUCUUGGUGUGGCUAUUGCACUUUCUUCCAUUGUUUUUCUUAUUGUGUUUUUAAUUGUUUGCUCUAAAUGUUGUCGUUGAAGUUAAAGAAAGUUUUGAUUUUGGGUUUUUAGAUUAGGAAAAUUAAUUAUUUGUGUUAAGUUAAGAGGGCUUGUUUAUUAUUUAAUAUUUAUUUAUUAUUAUACAAUUAUUACUUGGAACAAAAAUGGAAAUCACCCAAAAAAAUGGCAUUGUUACAUUUUGAUAUUUUGAUAGUAAGAGAAAGAAAUGAAGAACCAAGUCAUUGAUUCAUCUGUUUGUUGAUUACAUUCAGGGCCGUCUUUGAUGGCGUGUUAGGCGGCCUACCGCACAAUGUUUUAAAUUUCUUAAUGUUAAACUAUAAGUAAAUAGGGCCUCAUGAAAUAUUUGUCGGGUUAAAUCUAGAUUAAGUAGGGUUGCUAUUUAUUUUUUUAUUAUUAAACUGUGACUAACUUAUACAGGGAGACUGCUUUGAUUACAUUGAGUUUAUGUUGAGCCUAUUGUUAAACCUUGUUAGGAGUAUACUUGUUUUUGAAAGAUUACAUUGAGUUUAUUUUGAGCCUAUUGUUAAACCUUGUUAGGAGUAUACUUGUUUUUGAAAUACUUUCUGGAAGAUUGUUUCACAUAACAUUUGUACUCAUUUUGGGAUAAAAAAUGGUUGGAAAAGAUAUGAUGACACUCAUGUCAUGUUGGGCUAGAAAUGGCUUAAAAUGUGAAUACAUUAUUUGUGGGUACAAUUUUUGGAGAACAGAUUUGUUUAGCAUGAGUUGGAGAUAGAUAGAAGUUCAGGUGGAUGAUGAUGGUUUGUAAUAUGAUGGUUUGUUGAGUGGAGUAUAUAAUGAUGUUGUAUGUAUGAUUGUAAAUAUUUGGUUAUGGUCCUAUUUUAUGGCAUGUGCUGCUUUAGGUGAUUGGAUUGGAUAUGUGCUGUGUGACCUACCUUCAUCAUAUGCCAGCUUUGUGUUUGCUUCUUCUUCUUCACCAUGUGCUUGAUUGAUCCUCUCAUAAUACAUUUGUGUGUUCUAUAAGCAUCAAUUUGUUAAUAUUUUGUGCUAGUUUAACUCACAUGUUCUGUCCUGUGUAGCACUGAUA